AUGGCAUCCCUCACCGGCCAGCCCUUCCCCGAGGACGUCAGCUUCCUGUACAUCCCUUACUCGCCCGACAAGGCUGGCCUCAACAGCUGCGGCCUGCCCAUCAAGUACGAUGCCAGCAAAGAGUUCAAGGAGAAGAAGGUCGUCCUCGUUGCCGUCCCCGGCGCUUUCACCCCCACGUGCGCCGAGAAGCACAUCCCCACCUUCAUCGAGCAGAAGGACGCCCUCAAGGCAAAGGGAGUCGACCAGAUCGUCGUGAUUGCCUACAACGACCCGUUCGUGAUGAGCGCAUGGGGCAAGUCGAACGAGGUCAAGGAUGACUUCAUCGUAUUCGCGACCGACGCAGAGACCAAGUUCUCCCAGCAGAUCGGCUGGACGCUCGGCGAGAGGACCGGCCGCUACGCCCUCAUCGUCGACCACGGCAAGGUCACCUACGCCGAGAAGGCGGCCAAUGGUGUCGAGGGAACGGACGCCGCGGCCGUCCUGGCCAAGCUGUAA